AUGGCGAACCGCGGUCCGAGCUACGGGCUGAGCCGGGAGGUACAGGAGAAGAUCGAACAGAAAUACGACCCGGAGCUGGAGUCGCGGCUGGCGGCCUGGAUCGUGCUGCAGUGCGGGGAAGGGACCGAGCCGCCGCCCCCCGGCCGGGAGCCCUUCCAGCGCUGGCUCAUGGACGGGACGAUAUUGUGCAAGUUGAUAAACAGUUUGCACCCAACAGGACAAGAACCUGUCGCAAAGAUCUUAGAGUCAAAGAUGGCUUUCAAGCAGAUGGAACAAAUCUCUCAGUUUUUAAAAGCGGCUGAAACCUAUGGAGUCAGGACGACAGACAUUUUUCAGACAGUGGAUCUUUGGGAAGGGAAGGACAUGGCAGCAGUACAGCGGACCCUGAUGGCCCUGGGCAGUGUUGCAGUCACCAGGGAUGAUGGCUGUUAUCGAGGGGAGCCCUCCUGGUUUCACAGGAAAGCCCAGCAGAACCGAAGGGGAUUUUCAGAGGAGCAGCUGCGGCGUGGGCAGAGUGUCAUCGGUCUGCAGAUGGGUAGCAACAAGGGGGCAUCCCAGGCCGGCAUGACUGGCUACGGUACCCCCCGGCAGAUCCUGUGAGCUGGCCCACCUCAUUCUCAGUUACGGAAAUAGCUAGUCACCUUUUAACCCUUCUCCAGCCUAGUGCCAUCCCAUUUCCUGCCAGCAUUGUCGGAUUGCAACACUUCAGCCGGCAGUGAGCCUGCCUCCUCUCUCCUCACUGUUAUCCUCCAGCCUGACCUUAGUGCACACUGUUGCCACCUAGUGUUCGCGCUAAACUAUGCAAAUAUCCUGCCCCCCACCCCCGAACCUGUCCCAUUCUCCUCCUUCCUAGCAGCCCUUCCCCAUACCCUCCAACUCUCCACCUGUCCACCUACAUAUUGGCCAAAUUCACCUCCCGACCUGACAGUGCCAACUAAUAAAAACUGACUUGCGCCUCA